AUGGAAAUGAACAAACUGAACGAGGACAAGGAGAAAUUUGUGAAGGAAAAGGACAAAUUGUCGAAAAAAUUGAAAGAACUCUCUCAGGACUACGAGAAAAUGAAGCAGAAGUGGAAGAAGUACCGGGCGCGGCGGAAUUUGCUCUUCGAACAAGACACGAAAACCUGCAAAAACUGCGCCAAGGAGUAUCUAGAAGCGCAGAACUUCAACUGGAGCUGUCGGACGCACUCCUCGGAAUUCGGCGGGGAGUUGUGGUGGUGCUGCGGGAAGAGCGGGAUCAGCGCGUUGGGGUGCAAGUUCUCGAAGCACGAAAGCAAAGACGAUCUAGAUUUGGAUGACAUGGACCAACUGCUAAACAACCGCGGGAAGGAAAACGAAGACGACGGGAAGGAAAAUAGCGAGAUCAAAAACACGACGGCAGCGAACAAAGCGAAGUACGCAAAGGUAUUCAGACAUUCUACGUUAUUUUCCGAAUAAUUUGCGCGUCAUGUAUCGAGCACAUUCAGUGGAAAGUACGUCUUCAAAUUGAAGCCGCAUGAUGUUGCUGAUGGCUGCAUGGAGUCAGUUGUGGUACACUCAUUUUGCCUCUGUUUCCGAAAAGUAGAAAAAACACGUCUAUCCCCCAUCAGAUCCGCUGCUACGGUUGCAAGGAGAUGGGUCACAAGGCGAAGGACUGUCCACGCGACCCGAACAUUCAGGGCGGUGUCAAGGACCCGCUGAAGGAUUUACGGCGGCUGGACGGGAUGCUGAAAGCGGCGGGAAACAUGCUUGGAACGAAUACCAAUUCCACAGAUGGUGCAGCAUCCGCAGGCAACCUGCGAAGCUCCACAACCGAUGGAGGACCGAAUUCGCCCGGCGGGGGCGGAAAUACCAGCCUUUUGAAUGGUGCGAGGAAGGGGCGCAUGUGCGACGUUUCGAAGUUGAACGAACUGAUGAAGUUCGAGUCCACGCCGCUCAUUUGCGAGGAAAUACCCCCAGAAGUCAUGUUGGACGACGACGAGGAGGACGAUAGUACCAUUGGCACGCGGCUUGGAGGAGCGUCCGGUAGAGAAGCACAGGAUGCUGGUGUUGUUCCAGCGAAAGAGCAUGUGAUCGGCCUGGAACAGCAACAGCAAGAUAAAGCGUCUUCCUCCGCCUCGACUUCUAAUCUCCUUCUGACCACCCCGACGACCACUUCGCCUGAGGCGAAGAAAAAAAAGAAGAAGAAGAAGACCAAAAAGCGCAACGCGACGUCGGUGAUGAUGCGGAACGGCGGGGCGUCGCCGUUGUACGUGAAUGGGGUGCAGGUGCACAACGGGAUCAAUACGAUAUUUGAUGACGUGACGCGGUUGGUGAGGAAGAAAGUGCGAAGUAGGAGAAAGGAGUUCCUUUUCAGCACACCGAACCGUGGUGCGAGCGGUGGUGCAACUACCCAGGGGGACGACGAUGAGCGAGGGGUUGUUAGUACUAUCAAAGACGUUGAUACUGACAUCGUGCAGCGAGACGAUUCUGGCGCGAGCAGCAGUUGGGAGAUGAGAAGAAAACAAAAUGGAUUCGGAGUCGGAAACGAAAAGCGGCAAACGCGGGAAAAUCUUCUGCAAAAUGAAAGCCAGCGCUUCAGAGCCCCACUUCCUGAUGCGGCUUUCACGACGCCCCACGAGCUGGAAAACUCGUUUAUUUUGUCGUCGACUUCUGAGUCCGAGGUUGAGGAGUCGAAUGAGGUGGAAAGUGAAGAUAAAUCGGAGCAAGACGCCGGUGAGGUGGAGGGUGGUACAACUACGGGGGAUGGAAAUGCUGACCUGCCUGUCAGUCGCGACAACUCGCUGUAAAAGCGAGGCGUGGCGGGCAGGCUAGGGCUCCGGUAUUAGUAGAUUUGCCGGUUUUUCUGAUGUCUAUCGGUGCCAUUGUCGCGUAGAAAUUUUGUAGAAUAAAAAGGGGGAACAGGAAGAUCAGGUGAGCUUUUGGUUUCGAAGUUAGAGAAUGACAAACACUCCAGUCAGUGAAAAGUGGAUGUAGUGAAAUAAAGCGAAGCAUUACGUCGUUGAUAACACAGCUGUACUUCUUUGGAUCUAAACAGAUACUGAAGCCCCAGAAACGU